CCCCCCCCCAGGAUGAUAUGAGAUUUGAAGGAAGACGAUGCAUACAGGAGGAGAGACUUCAGCAUGCAAACCUUCAUCUGUUCGGCUUGCACCGUCAUUUUCAUUCCAUGCUGCUGGCCUUCAGAUGGCUGGACAGAUGUCCCAUUCACAUCAGCAGUACAGCGAUCGUCGGCAGCAGAACAUAAAUGACCAACAAGUUUCUGCCUUAUCCUAUGCUGACCAGAUUCAACAGCCUCUUACCAACCAGAGGCGGAUGCCCCAAACGUUCCGUGAUCCUGCAACUGCUCCUUUGAGGAAACUGUCUGUGGAUUUGAUCAAAACAUACAAACAUAUUAAUGAGGUUUACUAUGCAAAAAAGAAGCGACGACACCAACAGGGUCAAGGAGAUGAUUCUAGUCACAAAAAGGAGCGAAAGGUUUACAACGAUGGAUAUGAUGAUGAUAACUAUGACUACAUUGUGAAAAAUGGGGAAAAGUGGAUGGAUCGUUAUGAAAUUGACUCUCUAAUAGGCAAAGGUUCCUUUGGACAGGUUGUAAAGGCAUAUGAUCGUGUGGAACAGGAGUGGGUGGCUAUUAAAAUUAUAAAGAACAAGAAGGCUUUCCUAAAUCAAGCCCAGAUUGAAGUGCGGCUUCUUGAGCUUAUGAACAAACAUGAUACAGAAAUGAAGUAUUAUAUAGUGCAUUUGAAGCGCCAUUUUAUGUUCCGAAACCAUCUCUGUUUAGUUUUUGAAAUGCUCUCCUACAACCUUUAUGACCUGUUGCGGAACACGAACUUCAGAGGGGUUUCACUGAACCUGACACGAAAAUUUGCACAACAGAUGUGCACUGCACUGCUUUUUCUUGCAACUCCUGAACUUAGCAUCAUUCACUGUGACCUAAAACCUGAGAAUAUUCUCCUUUGUAAUCCCAAACGAAGCGCUAUCAAGAUAGUUGAUUUUGGCAGCUCUUGCCAACUUGGACAGAGGAUAUAUCAGUAUAUCCAGAGUCGUUUUUAUCGAUCACCAGAGGUGCUAUUGGGAAUGCCUUAUGAUCUUGCAAUUGAUAUGUGGUCCCUUGGUUGUAUCUUAGUAGAAAUGCACACUGGAGAACCCCUGUUCAGUGGAGCAAAUGAGGUGGAUCAGAUGAAUAAAAUAGUAGAAGUUUUGGGUGUAGCACCUGCACACAUUCUUGACCAAGCACCAAAAGCAAGAAAGUUCUUUGAGAAGUUGCCAGAUGGCACUUGGAACUUAAAGAAGACCAAAGAUGGGAAAAGGCAGGAGUACAAACCACCUGGAACUCGUAAGCUUCAUAAUAUACUUGGAGUUGAAACAGGAGGACCAGGGGGGCGUCGUGCUGGGGAAUCGGGUCAUACUGUAGCUGACUACUUGAAGUUCAAAGACCUCAUUUUAAGGAUGCUUGACUAUGAUCCGAAAACCCGAAUUCAACCUUACUAUGCCCUGCAACAUAGUUUCUUUAAGAAAACAGCAGAUGAAGGUACCAACACGAGUAAUAGUGUAUCUACGAGUCCUGCUAUGGAGCAGUCGCAAUCUUCAGGAACCACCUCUAGCACAUCUUCAAGCUCAGGUGGCUCGUCUGGGACAAGCAACAGUGGAAGAGCGCGUUCAGAUCCUACACAUCAGCAUCGACAUAGUGGUGGACACUUCACUGCUGCUGUACAAGCUAUGGAUUGUGAAACACACAGUCCACAGGUUCGACAGCAAUUUCCUCCUCCUCUUGGUUGGACGGGCACUGAAGCUCCAACGCAAGUCACUGUUGAAACGCAUCCGGUUCAAGAAACCUCUUUCCAUGUAACCCCUCAGCAACAGAAUGCAUUACAUCAUCACCAUGGAAACACCUCCCACCACCACCACCAUCACCACCACCACCACCAUCAUGGACAACAGGCCUUGGUUAGUCGGACCAGGCCAAGGGUCUACAAUUCUCCAACAAAUAGCUCCUCCACCCAGGAUUCUAUGGAGGUGGGUCAUAGUCACCACUCCAUGACAUCCCUGUCUUCCUCAACUACUUCUUCCUCUACAUCUUCCUCCUCAACUGGUAAUCAAGGCAAUCAAGCCUAUCAGAACCGCCCAGUGGCUGCUAAUACAUUGGACUUCGGACAAAAUGGAGCUAUGGAUGUCAAUUUAACAGUCUACUCUAAUCCACGCCAAGAAACUGGCAUAGCAGGACAUCCCACAUACCAGUUUUCUGCUAAUACAGGUCCUGCUCAUUACAUGACUGAAGGACACCUUGCAAUGAGGCAGGGAAUUGAUAGAGAAGAGUCUCCCAUGACAGGAGUUUGUGUUCAGCAAAGUCCUGUGGCUAGCUCGUGACUAAAUUGAAACAAGUUUGUUUCUUGUGUGUUUUUAUAGAAGUGGUGUUUUUCCAAAAAAGUGCAAAGCUGCUUGAAUCAGAAGGAGAUAGACUUACUGAACCGCUAUAGGAGAGCAAAGCUGACUAUUUUUUUAAACUUGAACAGAUUGCAAAGGGACACUGAAGUUUUUAGAGCCAUGUCCAGACCAAUCCUACAUAGUUUUGAGGAGGUAAGAACCUCCUUUGCCCCUAUUUUAAUUACCACAACCAAGUCAUAGUUUUUCCCCCUUCUAAUACCAGAAUAAAUGUUCAAAUAUCGGUCUUAGUUGCAAACAGCUUCUUAAAGGCACUAUUCAGGAUCAUACAAAUGGACCUUUGGGUUUGUUUGUUUUUAAAGGGGGGAGGAGUAAUACACAGUCUAGUUUCCCAAACACACAUGAGCAUGGGAAUGCAGUACUGUAAGGAAGAGAGACCUUCAGGUUACAAAAUAUAAUCUUCAGAUAUAAUAAGGGACAGUUGUAAUGGUGUUCAUAAGGCACACUAAGCAUGCUAAAUUGCGGUAAUCAGGACUCUCCUUAUCUGAACCUACUGAGAAUCAAAGCAGCAGUUAUAAUGGGAUUCUAUGUCUCUUGUGUUUGAGACAACAAUCAGCUAGUAGUGGAAUAUGACUGGUCUUGUAACUAAGGUGCACUGAGAAGCAAUCAACAGGUUGGUCUUGGCCAGUCCAGGGGAAGUCGUAAGUGGUGGUCUUUGGGAUAACCUUUGGCCUUAUGGAUUUGGACUCUAAGUUAGAAGAGCCUACCAUU